AUGGGUAAAUUGGCCAAGGCAGGUUUGAUACUCGAACUUGCUUCUUUUACUAGACGAGGCGAAUCCAACUUGAUUCGUUCGAAAAAAAUAGAAUUGAUUCAACUCUAUUGUGGAUCGGGUCGGGUGAGUAAAGUGCUUGGUGAUGGCGUUGGCGUCGAAGAGGAUACUGAAGGAGCUGAAGGAUUUGCAGAGGACCCUACGACGUCUGGCAGUGCCGGUGUAUUUUUGGUUUCCAUACAUUUCCCUCCCGAUAGCCUUUUAAUCCACCGAAGGACGAAGGUAUUCCACCCUAACAUCAACACCAACGGAAGUCUCUGCCCUGAUAUUCUGAAAGAACAAUGGAUUCCAGCCCUGACUAUAUCUAAGGGCCAAAUACGAGGCUACUGCUCGCAGUUGGACUCAGAAGUAUUCCAUGGGAUGAUGUUUGAACUUUGUCAUCACCUGACAGACUCGAAAAAACUGCACGGACUUCUGUGUGUUUUCAUUUGUGCUUGGUUGGAAAAUAAUAACUAUUGCUAUGCUAAUCUGCUUAUAGUUGUUGACUCGUGGUUGUUUAAGCUGUGGCUGUACUUCAAUCUGCCACUUUGCUGA